AUGGCCGAGCUCAAAGAUGCCAUCGCUGAGCAAGAGCGGAGGCCUAGUGUGCUCUUCGCUGAUGAGAGCAAACGCAAGGCCAGCCUGGCACAACUGACCGCGAACACUACUGGAGAAGUCCGCAACCCUCUCGUUGGUAUACCAAGAGAGGCGCUUUUGCAGGAUGUCGAAAACUACGCCAACGAGAACAACCUGAACGACAUCCUUCCCCUUCUCAAGAAAGGCGCGUUGGUGGCCCAAAGCCCUCAUGCGAUCGAACACAUCCCGGAGCUGGAUGAACCCGAACGUCAGCUUCUUCGUGAGGAAGUCACCCAUCGCUGGAGGCAUCCGAAGAUGCUCUACUUCACCAUCAUCCUCAAUUCAAUCGCUGCCGCCGUGCAGGGGUGGGAUCAAACCGGGUCCAACGGCGCAAACUUGACCUUCCCAGUCGCUUUCGGCAUCCCUGACUCUGGCCCCGUGUGCGAGGCUCAGGGCAACUGCGAAGACAACUCGUGGCUAGUAGGCUUCGUCAAUAGCUGCCCCUAUAUAAGCAUCGCCUUCUUUGCCGGAUGGAUUUCUGAUCCCAUGAACGAUUGGUUUGGCCGACGAGGAACCAUCUUCAUCGGCGCCAUCUUUUCCGUCCUUGCUCCUAUCGGUUCAGCCUGCACACAGCACUGGGGCCAGCUGGUCGCCACCCGUAUUCUGCUGGGCAUUGGAAUGGGCCUGAAAGAAGUCACGGUUCCAGUGUUUUCCGCCGAGAAUUCCCCAACGAACAUUCGAGGUGGUCUCGUCAUGUCAUGGCAGACCUGGACUGCUUUUGGGAUUUUCCUCGGCACAUGUGCGAACUUGGCGGUCAAGGAUACCGGUGACAUUGCCUGGCGUCUGCAGUUGGGAUCGGCUUUCAUUCCAGCCGUACCCCUCGUUAUCGGUAUCUAUUUCUGCCCGGAGUCUCCCCGUUGGUUGAUGAAGAAAGGCCGUCACGCAAAAGCGUACCAAGCUCUGCUCCGACUCCGAAACAGCCCUCUGCAGGCCGCCCGUGAUUUGUACUACAUCCACGCACAGCUGAUUCAGGAGGAUAUCCUGGUCGAGGAGUCGGCAGUCGCCACCCACGGCAACAUCUUCACCCGCUUCAUCGAGCUGUUCACCAUCCCUCGCAUCCGACGCGCAACCCAGGCUUCCGGCAUUGUCAUGAUCGCUCAACAAAUGUGCGGCAUCAACAUCAUCGCCUUCUACUCCUCGACCGUCUUCUCCCAAGCAGGUGCCAGCGUUACUGGGUCCCUGUUGGCAUCGUGGGGUUUCGGCCUCAUCAACUUCAUCUUUGCAUGGCCCGCCGUCUGGACGAUUGAUACCUUUGGCAGGAGAGCUCUCCUGCUGUUUACCUUUCCGAACAUGUGCUGGACGCUCCUGGCGGCCGGAUUCUGCUUCUGGAUCCCCGAAAGCAGCGACGCCCAUCUCGGCAUGAUCGCAUUCUUCAUCUACCUGUUCGACAUCUUCUACUCUCCCGGAGAAGGGCCCGUCCCCUUCACCUAUUCGGCCGAAGUCUUCCCACUCUCUCAUCGUGAAGUCGGCAUGUCCUGGGCGGUGGCGACCAACAACUUCUGGGCCUCGGUCUUGUCUCUGACGUUCCCGCGUAUGCUUCAGGCAAUGACUCCCCAAGGUGCAUUCGGCUUCUAUGCCGGUCUCAACGCCGUCGCCUUUGUCAUGAUCUUCCUGUGGCUCCCGGAGACCAAACAACGGACCCUCGAAGAAUUGGAUUACGUCUUUGCCGUGCCCACUCGCACGCACAUGCACUACCAGAUCAACCAGGUUGCGCCGUAUUGGUUCAAGACGAAUGUCCUCCGUCGCAAGGGCCUCACGUCGCCACAGCUGUACAAAUUCGACGCUGACGAGUACGCCGAAGCCCGCGGCAUUUCGGAUCAAGAAGUUGCCCGCGAAAAGACCGCCACCGCGGAGGUCUGA